AAUCUUAAUUAAAAAAAAUGGUGAGGUGGUAGUAUAUCCUGCAAAAGUUGAUCUCUCUCUCUUUGUUUUUUGUUUUUUUUUUUGUUUUUGUUUUUUUUUUUUUGUUUUGUUUUGUUUUUUUUUUAAUUAUUUUUUUCUGCAGAGUUGGUAUGCUGUACAGAGUUGACACAUAUAUAUCCAUAUAUAUCCAGAAGACCAGAACAAAACUUGUGAAUUUCUUCUCUUGUGAUUAUGUUACUCGACAAUGGCGCUUUCAUCUACAUUCGAAGAGAGACUUUAUCAAAUGGAGGAAACCAGAAACCAACGCCUCUCUCUUUUGCAGGCCGAGAAAGAGCUCCAGCAAAAUAAAUCUCAAGCUCUAGCUUCGAAGCUUUCUGGUAUCAGAUACAUUGAACAGAGGUGCUUCAAGCUCGAUCACAAAAUUGCCUCACAACAAUUCAUCAUUUCUUCCCUCAAAUCCCAACUCGAUCGCCUUGAUUCAAUCUAUCUCAAUCAAAUCCAGCAAUUCAGGCUUUUGAAAAGUGAAGUGGAAAAUCUGGAAGGGUUAGAUAAGGAAAAGGACAAGUAUUAUGCGUUGAAAGCUUGUGAGAUUGACGACUUUAGGGCUCGAGCUGAGAUUUUUGCUACCGAAUCCCAAAUGCGUGUGGAUGAAUUGAGGAAGUGUGUGAAUGAGCUCCAAUCGAGUUUCAUCCAACUUCAACACAGUGCUGGGUACUCAAAUAAUCCUGACUUAGCUGCAGCCGAAAUGAGAAAAUCUGAACUUCAAGCUACAAAAGCAUCUUUAGAUAGAAAGUUGGCUUCUAAUUACAACACAAGGGCACAGUUGCAAAAGCAGCUAAAGAGUUUGCUUCUUUCACAAAAAAGAAUGGAGGAAAACCUUGAAAGAUAAGAUAUUUUCAAAACAAUGGAUAUAGAUUAGACGAACUUCAAAGCAAACAAACGAUUGUAUGUAAGUAUCAACAUUACUUUUUUUUUUUUUUUUAAAAAAGUUGUUCAAUAUUUCUUCCUUAUACACGAUAAUAUGAACUUGUAGGCAUUUUAUAUUGCAUUGAUAACUGGGACUACACCAAAAAAAUGUUCAUAUAUAUAUUUAUAUUCAUUUAUGAAUUAUGAUUAAGCGUCA